CCUACCUCUACCUACCUUGGUUAUAUCAACUAUGUGGGAUGGUCAUUUAAGGACCACAUACAUGUUAUAUCCUUUUCAUAGGUUCUUGUGCUUUGGUUUUGGUCCCUAGUCCUCCAAUAUUUUAUCACCAUCCGCAUGAUUAGAAUCGGCCCGCGUUCUGCCUACUUCACUCCCCCACCUUGUCCCCCCGUCCGACGUUCCGCCGCACCCGCAGGCACAUGGCACAUGUAGACUGAUAUGGACUCUUUUGAGAAUGCGAUGGAUAUCCAGCAUUCACGUCCCAGGCAUCUGAGAAGCCCCGGAGACGAUGGGUAUCGGACACCCACCAUUGAAGAUACAGAAAAAGAUCUUGCGCUGCAAGAUAACGCGUUGUCUCUGCUCUCUGGGAAAAGGACCCGAGAGGCACAUUCUUCAGCCUUGGAAGCAUUGCACCGCUCUUGGACCCGCAAGUCCCAGGAGCGAGGAGGAGCAAGAGAGGAGGAGGAAGAGGCCACGCGGAGGCCUAGUUUCUCAUUCCGCCCAAGCGAUCGAUCAGCUAUCAACCUCGGCUGGAGAAAGAGGAUUCGCCACCUGACAUGGGCCUUUUUUACUCUCACAAUGGCUACCGGAGGGAUUGCCAAUGUUCUAUAUACCAUACCGUACAGGUUCCGAGGGCUUGACACCAUCGGAGUCAUAUUCUUCUUGGUGAAUAUCGUGUUCUAUACGGUCAUCUGGUGCCUAUUGAUCGCGCGCUUUUAUUUUUAUCCCUAUACCUUCAAGGCGUCGUUUUUACACCCGACCGAGUCCUUGUUUGUUCCCGCCUCAGUGGUCUCGUUUGGAACCAUCCUGAUCAACAUAUCCCAGUACGGGCCAGACAACACAGGGCCUUGGCUUACGCAUGCUGUUGGCAUAUUGUUUUGGAUUGAUGCGGCACUCGCCGUAAUAUUCGCAGCUGGCAUAUAUCUCUUGUUGUGGUCCACGCAGACUUUCACAAUUGCCCAAAUGACACCAAUUUGGAUAUUUCCGGCUUAUCCUCUCCUGAUAAUAGGUCCUCACGCCGGGGUUCUAAGCUCCAAACUUGAGCCCUCCCGCUCAUUGCCCAUUAUCAUCGGAGGUACGACCAUCCAAGGGGUGGGGUUUUUGGUCUCGUUGAUGGUAUAUUCGGCCUUUAUAUAUCGGUUGAUGUCUCAAAAGCUACCGAGAGAAAACGUUCGGCCGGGCAUGUUUGUAUCGGUUGGUCCCAGUGCUUUCACGGUUUCGGGCAUCGUGAACAUGGCUGCCCAGGCGCACAGAUGCUUUCCAAAUGAGUUUAUGGGCAACGGACCUUUGGCUGCGGAUAUUGUCAAGGUGGUUGUCAAUUUCGGGUCCCUGUGGCUAUGGGGCCUAGCGAUCUUUUUCUUCUUCAUAGCCAGUUUCGCUCAUUGGUCGGCCAUCGGCCCGGGCCGGAUGGAAUUCUCCAUGGCCUGGUUCUCGUUCGUGUUUCCCAACACUGCAUUGAUCACGGCGACUUUUGCGAUCGGAAAUGCAUUUGCAUGCAAGCCCAUUCUAAUCAUUGGAUGUGCCAUGGUUAUCCCUCUUAUACUGAUGUAUGUCUUCGUGUUUGGCAUGAUGGUCCGUGCCAUCGUGCUGCGUCAAAUCAUCUGGCCGCAGAAAGGCGAGGAUAAGGAUGAGGGUGGAUUUGAGAUCAAUCGAAUCAAACCUGAGUCAGCGGGCGAACCCGAGUCUGUCUGAGGGCAAGAUCUGCCUUGUGUGUGUUUAGAUGGAAGAGAAAAUGAGAUUCUCCGUAGCUAUCAGCACCCCGGCGCCCUAAUACCUGGGAUUCCCGUUUUGUCCAAGUAUGGUUACUAGGUAGAAAGGUGGCCGGGCCUUUAGGUACAUACCAUUUAUUAUUAAUCGC